AUGUUCCCCUAUGUGCGAAACUGUGCAUCACGAGACGACGGUCGACUAUGCUUUGAUGUCGGUCGAGCAGCCCCAACCGGUGAAUGUGAACUUAUCCUCCAAAUGUCCAAUGCCAAAGAAGCCAAAGCUGCGCACACUCGAUGCAUCACACUGAUGCGUCAAUGUACCACCUGGCUCAAAUUGGGACGAGAUGGACCGAGUUCGCGUCGAAAAACACUUCCUAAUUUCGGAAAGAAGACGAUGGGAGUGAAUUUGGCUGGUCCUCCUUUGCCGCGAGUUCCUGGUGCUGCAUCAGCACCAGAUGCGGAAUCGUCAGCAGUGACAGCGGUAACGGUACCAAUAAUGCCUGAGGAACAGUCUCUCCUCACCUGCAACUCGCUUUCCACCUCUGAUCAACGAUUGUCCUUCACUGCCUCCACCCAUCUGCCAAUUCUUCCUGAAUCCUCAGUGGCCCCAUUCCCACCUCCAUCGGCUUCUCCCCUCAAACCCCCUCUUCCCGACCUCGCCACUCUUUCCCUCUCCUCUCACUCCGCCUCUCAUCUCAUUGGACGGCGCUUCCAUCCUCACUUCUCUUCUUCCUCACUCUCGAGAAAAAGUCGCUCUUUUCCCUCUCGACUUUCUGCUGAACCUAUUCCUGAAGUUGUUGUGUUGGAGGACAUGGCGGCUAGCGAGCAAAAUGAAUCCGCUUACCAGUCACCGAACAAAUCCACCGAUGAAUCCCUUGACACAGAAGAUAGUCCACCAACACCAACUCAUAAUUCUAACACAGAUUCAGUCGCAGCUGCCACCGACCCUAUCAAUCACUAUCUGCAGCUCAACGUUGAUAAUCUUGUUGGUACACAUAUCAAGAGCAUAGCGAAGUACACAGCUGGCGAGAGCCUAGAGGUAAAUGGAAAAGGUGGCAAAGUAGGCGACGAUCGUUUGGGAAAUCUUCAAAGUGCAAUUCCCUCGGAGGAGACCAUCCACCAUGUUCUUGCUUAUCUCUCGAGUAUCACGAGGCCGUCAAAAGCUGCUGGAAUUGGAGAAUGCGAGACACCGCGUUCUGGAACUGUCUCCUCAGUGUCUAGACAGCCUACUGUCAAGUUUUCUCCAAACACACUUAUGAUACCAGCUGACCAAGGCCGUGAUGGAGUUUACAUGGAUUCGCUCAUCUUUGGAAUCGACAGACUUACCACCAAAGUAGGAUCCCAAUCUUCUGAAAUAAGUCGAAGUUCCUCAACCAAAAAGAUGUCCUCAUCUGGUGGAAUAGUUCAAUUACGUCGUCCAAAACGAGGUUUCAGUGGCUACACCUCACAAAAUGGAAAUAAUCUGGGGAUUUCUAGUGGAGGCAGCGGUGGAAGUAUGAGUUCCAAUAACCGGAGUCGGAUCUACUCCCAUCGAGACAAUGACGAGUUAUUCGCUGAUCUGACAUACGUACCAGCUGGAUCAUCAAAUCACACGAUGCUGUGUGUGUGUCAAAUGUCAAAAGGAUCAAUCUGUGAACGAUCUUCCGUAUCAUUUGAAACCAGUCAUAAGUCAAUGGUGGAAGAAUCUUGUUGCGCUGAUGAGAAUGAUAAAGACCGUAAGCGGCCCAGAACCGCGAGUGAUACCGGAACUAAGUGGAAAACCAGCGUAACAGCUCCAAUUCGCUUCCUUCCUUCUACUACCCAGAUUGCAGAUGCUGUUUCAAGACCACGGGCUCGAUCUCUAACACAUCAGCUUGCAACAAAACCUCUGAGUCAGCCGAUUGGAAUGAAGGAUCUUGAAAACAUGCCCUCUGGGAUGGUUUAUAAUGGGGGUGUUCAGUUAGGAUCUCGAUCAAGUAGUACAACGUCCACUUCUAAGAAUAUCCGACGAGCCUUAGAGCAUGUACUUGGAAGACCCCGUUCUGCAGAAGAAGGGAAUGGUCUUAUUCCAUGUGUGACAUCUCCAAGUCACCAAUAUAAUAGUAAUACUAAUAGCAGCAACAACAGUAAUAGUGGUAAUGGUAAUAUCAAAGGUGUUUCCAGUCAAGAUAAAGGCCGCCUUCAUGAUUCAGAUAUUUAUGUGGAGCUGGAUUUCCCACCACCGAUUCAAUCCACUCAAACAGCGAGGAAUGAAGUUACUUCAGAAAUGAGGACUGCCCUAAGGGGUUCCCUCCUGGUAACACCGUCUGAUUCUCUCUCUUCCAAUUCCUCCUCUCUAUCCUUUUAUGGAGGUGGCGGAAGUGUAAAUAGUGGGCGUCAGUCUCUGCCGACCUUUCGAAAUACUAACGGUGGUGGUGGUGGUGGUGGAAUGAACUUUUCAGAACACUAUGGUUUUGUCUUUGGUCAUGGAGCCCAAAUGUCAACAGGUCGGAUGCCAUUUCUAGUCAAGCCAACUGGUUCAGAUGCGUCAACUACGUCGCCAAAUACUACGGCCUGUGACAUGGCCCCUCCAACUUCUGCGCAUUGA